UUAAAAGUUAAGCUAGCUAUCGAUUCGUCAUUAUAUUCUCACUGCCAAGCUCUGAUACAGAGAGAAAAAAGGAAAAAAUAAAAUAAAAAUUAUAUUGUGUGAGGAAGUGCAGAAAAAGGGGUAAAUCAAUGGGAUAAACCAUUUUUUACAUCAAGCUUACCGUUUAGUCUGUUCUUGCUUAAUUUCAUUGUUUUGAUUUGCAUGCAGCUUUUAUUACCAUCUUAAUUAGUGUUGGAAUUAACACUACUUGUUAGUUGAAGCUUAUUAAUUUCUUAUAAAGUUGAGAUAUAUAUAUAUAUAUAUAUGUAUACGCACACACACAUGUGAUUGUGAUGCUAUUUAUUCAGUCUUUAAACAAAAUACAAAAAAUUUUCUUUCUCAAUGUCUUUCAUUCGUGAUUUCUUGCAAUGGCUUAUUGGUGGUGACCAAAGUUCUUCACCUAGACCACCUCAAUCAAGCACAUCCCAAACCCAAACAUGGCAGCCUAGUCCCAGAACUUCUUCUUCACCACAAACUUCAAGUACUCAUAAACCAUCUCCAUCUCCAAAUCCAUCUGCAUCUUCUUACCAAAAUCAGCUUCCAACCUAUUCAACUUAUAAACCAUCUCCUUCUUCCCAGAAGCAAAUUCCGACUACUCAUAAACCACCUCCAUCUCCUAUAUAUCCAUCUGCUUCUUCUUCCCAAAAUCAGCUUCCAUCCUUUUCAACUUAUACACCAUCUCCUUCUUCCCAGAAGCAAAUUCCAACUACUCAUAAACCACCUCCAUCCCCUAUAUAUCCAUCUGCUUCUUCUUCCCAAAAUCAGCUUCCAACAUCUUCAACUCUUAAACCAUCUACUUCUUCCCAAAAUCAGCUUCCAAAUUUUAAGCCUACCCUUCGUGAAGCUCCCAAAAAUGCAACAAAUCAGGAGGGAAAGGCAAACUAUAUAUGGGUUGAAGAUGAUGCUUCUUUGCCUCUAUACAUCAUUCCUGAGGAUAUGAAAGAUUUGAUCAAGAAAGACAUUGUUCCUCAUGUUCUGAAAAAGCCUUUGUCUCCUUUGACAUAUAAGGACUACUUUGCUGCUUUGCUUUAUGCUGAAGACUACUACUUUGAGAAAUGGAGCGAGUUCGAAAUGGAAAAUGUGACAUUGGAGUUGCAAAAAGCUGAAAUUUCUAAAAGGAAUAACCGGCAUAAUAAACAUUUGAAUGAUCAUGAUGAGAAAGAGGAAAAACUCUUUGUAGAGUUCGCGAUCGAUUCGGUUGCUGGGAACCGCCCAUUCCUUUUGUCAAGGGACUUGGUCUUUGCAAAACCUUCAGGUAGCAAUAUUGAGCCAUUUAAGGGUGUUAUCUUUCGUCUAGUGCGCAGCAGCAUUGUACUCGUGGAGUUUGGAGAUGAUUUCUAUUUGCAGCAUCAUUCAACCCGGAAAUAUGAUAUCAGCUUCUCAUUCAACAGGAUAUGUUUGAAAAGAGCACACCAAGCACUUAAUGCUGUAUCAGACAAUCUAUUCCGGAAUUUCCUAUUUCCUGAUUCUGCACCCGAGACAACAAUUCCCACUGCUCCAGCUUCAAGUUCUCACUUUCACAAGCUCAAUUCGGAUAUACCCUCCAUAGUGGGUCAGAUUCUAAGCAUUAAGGGCUCACCACCUUACCUUGUAUCUGGUCCAUUAUGUGUAGCUGAAAGAAAAGUAUUUUCACACUCGACUAAUCUAUCAAAAACUGGUUUGCUUGUUCAUGAAGCAAUAGUGCAAAUAUAUAAAUCAUCACCGGAGUGUCGAAUUCUUUUAAGUGCACCAAGUAACAGUGCUUGUGACGCGCUGAUGAGAAGCUUGAUGAAGGUGAUUCCAGAAUCCAAUAUGUUCCGAGCAAACGCUGCAUUUCGCGGGAUAGAUGAGGUGCCGGACGACAUCCUCUCCUCAUGUCUUUACAAAGAAGAGUGUUUCGCUUGUCCAUCACUUGAGAAACUUCUAAAGUUCAAGGUGAUUUUCUCCACUUUUAUGAGUAGUUACCGGUUGCAUAGUGAAGGCAUUGCUGCAGGACAUUUUAGUCACAUUUUUCUAGUGGAUGCUUCAUUUGCCAUUGAGCCGGAGGCAUUGGUGACCCUAGCUAAUUUUGCUGACAAAAAUACUGCUGUUGUUGUCACUGGUAAACCUGGAAAUUCUUCGAGUUGGGUUCGUUCCGAGAUUGGUAGGAAAAAGGGGUUGAAGAUUUCGUAUUUUGAAAGACUAUGCGAAUGCAGGCCAUACAGAACUCCCAAUCCUAAGUUCUUUGCGGAUUUAGGCUUAUCAUGAAGCUGUAGCAUUCUAUGAUUAUAUUGAAUUUAGAUUUUGCUUAUUUCUGAACAGGACAUGUAAAAUUAUACUUUUUGCUGGUUUGCCAAAGAAUACUUUCCUUUUCA